AUGGCUGAUACUUUCCUGUCAUCUUGUUUAUACCCCCUGCCUUCCUUUUCAUACACCCCCUUUAUCCUCUUCCUUAUUUCCUCCUCCUUUUCUAUCCUCUCCACUUGCUAA